CCCCCCCCUGUCCUCUUGUCUUUUGCAGAAAGGGGAAGGAGGGAGGAUCCCGGACGGCUGCCAGCUGCUGACAAGAAGGCAGAUCCACGCACACACGCGCGCGCAGUCAGAGGAGUGGAUCGACACGCAGGACCAGUAAAAGUUGCCACAUUCGAGCCAACCGUCGACAUGCCUCAGUACUCGGACUUGGAGGGCGCCAUCAACACGCUGGUCACCCAGUUCCACUCGGCCUCGGCCGACAACGGCUCCACGCUAAAGGUGGACGAGUUCAAAGGCCUUCUGUCUUCUCAGCUGCCCAACCUGGCCAAGGGCUUCCUGACAGAACAGGGCCUGAGCGAGGUCCUUCGGAAGAUGGGCGUGGGCGACGGCGAGGGCAUCUCCUUCUCCCACUUCUGGAACUUGAUCCAGACUCUGGCCACCUCGCAGCACGGCCUCCUGGGCGGCAACAAGGGCACCUCGUGCAGCUGCGCCCUCCUGUGAACAAAAAAAUAAAUAAAUGGCUCGGAGGUUCCGGCCGGCCAAAUAAAUCCUCCUUGGAAAUGUAGACCCCACCACCACCACUGCAUCAUCAUCAUCGUCAGGUGUCGGGCCAAAUACAAAAAAGAUGACCCAAGCAUUCCAUUUUUCUACGCUAUCAUGUCGAUAUAACUUCCCCACCGUAUGUGGUGUAAUCAAAUCCAAAUCCAAAUCGGCUUUGGUAUUUUUCUCCUUUGUUCCAUUUUGUUAACCAACUAACCUUGUUCCACCGGGAAGGUGGGAUCGCCGGUGCUCGUAACCUGCACUCGAGUAGAAAUGAAUCCAUCGUGUCGGAUGCGUCCAAUUUAAUAGGUACAAAAGGCCAUACCCGCUCUAAUUAUUAACUCGCGUUCUUUUUUUUGUUUGUUUUCUUUUCAUGUAUAGUCGGGGUGUUGCCCAAAAGGCUUCUGUUUACUUCUUACAUGUCCUUUAUUGGCGCUCGGAUGAGAUCGGCGUUGACGAGAACCAGUUUUGUGAAAUCAUGUUGAAUAAAUUCACUCCUUGUGCACAAUUAA